AAGAAGAUUUUAUUUUUGAUGGGACUCCUUCUGAAUCAGGAAGUGAAGAUGAGCUGGAUCCAAGUGCAAAAUCAGAUUAUUCAGCUCAAUCUGAUGAAGGAUUUUCAUGCUUGGCAACUUCUGAAGAUAUGCUACUGAUGCGAGGAUUUAUAAAAAAUGGGGAAGUAGAAAAUUUUUCCCAAUUUAUCUGGAAUUGCCCAGGUAUAUUUUAUUGUGGAGACUUACUUCCGACAGUGACGCAUGAAGAUGCUCAGUACAAUCUUCUUCAACUCGCAACCGUUUUAAAUUCGCCAUUAUUUUGCCAGGUCAUUUUAGACAUAUUGCAACACCCUCGUUUUGCCAGACGGUUGUUUCCUAAUCAAACAGAUGACGAGCGUUCAAAAAAAAUCACCAAACUAAUUGACAUGUAUUUGAACUCGGGUUCAGACGAGACCGGAGAUACUCCCCUGCAUUAUGCGUCCAAAUUGGGAUAUACGGAUUGCUGCAAAAUUUUGUUGGCCAAUCCAUUAUGUAAAACACUAAUCAAUCAUUCGGGUUUUACUCCUUUGAGCUUGAUGUUUGAGAAAGAUUCUAAUCAGUUAAAGAAAGUACUUACCGAUGGCUUGCUGUAUGUACCCAUCUUUCGCUCCUACGAAGAUUUACAACCAUUUGUAGGAAGACCUACUAAUUGUAAAGAAUUAAAGUCAUUGGAAAAUUUCCAGGAUUUUGGAACGGAGCAAAUGUGCAAAAAGCAUUCACUUUAUUUUCUGAAUGCUUUUGCUGGACCAAUGUCAUCUGAAAUGGCUAACAAAUUUUACGUUACACUGAAUGAACCUUCAUCGAGCUCCUUAUUCACAUAUGAAGAAGUAAUGGACAUUCAUUUAAUUAAGCAGCAAGAGCCAAGCAGAGGUUUAGAGAGAAUUGGCAGAAGCUUAGCUGAAGAGCUGAAAAUAAAUUGGAGUGAAUUUUUUCCAAUUCUCGAAGUUUAUACAGACUUAGCUACUGAGGAAGGACUCCAAGUUUUGGAAAAAUUUUUUGACCAAAGAUGGAACAAGUGCACUCGUUAUCAUCCAUUACCAUCAGUUAGUACUGAACCCUACAUUACAUCAAUAAUGUUAGCUGGUCUGUACCCGCCUCAAGACAAUCCGCUCAGGCACAAAGCAAAUACCCAUUAUUGCUAUCAUAAGAAAUUUUUCGAAGAUAUGGUUGAAGUUGAUGUGGAACCGUGUUCUGGAUUACACCGAAGAUCUAUGCAGUAUGAAAUACUUGGUGAAAAUGAAACGUUUAUUAAUGGGUCUUUUUUGUCAGAUCUUGACGAGGAAAUAUAUAUUUCCUUGAAGGCCGUUGACAAUAAUCUGUAUCCUAAUAUACAUAAAUGGAAGAUGGAAAUAACAGCUUGCUUACAAGAAAAAAUGUCAAAUGUUCCUAAUUUUGGUGAAUUCAAUGCCUUGAAGCCGAUUCCUGUACCAAAAGUUUUAUGUGCAAGGCGUUCCUCACCAUUAAGUAAACGCAAGAAAGUGUAAAGAUUUCUUUCAGGGAUUAAACAUUUGAAGAUUGAUUCAAUGUGAUGAAUAUUUUUUUUGAAUGUUUUAACAUAAAGCCAUAUUAUUUUCUUUACAAUGUAUGUGACAUUGCACAAUUUUUUCUUUAUACUGUUUGCAUACGUUGUACAUAUGCAAGCAAAGUUUUAAAAUGAGGGAUUAGUAAGAAUUUUUGUAUACUUUUUAUACGAUGAA